UCCACUACAAGCCUUUUGCUGCUAAAACCGCAGCACACUUCGCGGACGUGCGCGUGUCGGAGAUCCUGACGGCUAGUGUAACAUCUACCAGCUUUCCUCUUCGCAAUGGCCGCCACGAACAAGAUCCUGAUUCAGGAGUUCUACAUCUUAUUCCAAGCUGCGCAGUCUGACUUGCUCGCACGCCUGGCAAUCCUGAAGGCUAAGGGAGCUCCAUCACAAGACGCAGUAAAUGCCUUGGCUCUGGAGAUCGCGAAACUGCGCAAGGAUUUGAGCGACGCCACAGUAUAUUUGCCCUCGUAUGACCAACGGCAGUACGAGCAGAGUCUGAAAUCACUAGAGCAAUCUCUGGAUGACCUGCGGUCCGUCUCCGCAGGCAAGCCCAAGUUUUCUUUCAAGCGAAAGGUCCCAAAACCUGCUGUAUCUUCCAGUGUUUCUGUUGCGGCCAACACUACCGAUUUACUUGCGCCGCAGCCGUCGAAACAAUCGAAUUCCGUUGUUCUCGCAGCCUGUUCUCGUCAGCACCUCACAUGGUCGUCAGUCCCCUCUGUGGCGGCACUAGCAACGGACCUCAGCAUCUCGGACUUAGACCAUUGUAUCGUCGACCUGCUCCAGAAUUCCGCGUCUGUUUCCAUCCCGACCAUCACGGCAGUUCACAUGAGAAACGUGAAAAAUUCGAUUCUCAUCCUGCCGCCUGUGCAAGGCAGUGCGAUGGUUCACGACAUAAGCAACUGUAUCUUGGCAUUAGGCUGCCACCAGUUCCGCAUGCAUACAUCAACGCAGGUUGACGUUUAUCUACUCAUUGAGUCAAAUCCUAUCAUCGAACAUUGUACGAAGCUUCGCUUUGCUCCGUAUCCGACCUCCCUGGUUGGAGAGGAUCGGCUGGCGACUCCUGAAAAAAUUCCUGCUGUGCAAGAUUUUUCCCACAUCAGGGCGACGCCCUCUCCCAACUGGUCCCCCCUCACUAGCGAGGAACGCUUGCGGCCGGAAGACUGGAUCGACCUCACUGCGCCUGAGACGGAAAGCGUGGAUCAGAUACUUCUGCAGCGAUUCUUUGUUCGGCCGCCACCGUAACUCCUUGUCUUACGGCUUCUGUUGGAUUUAUUCUGCAUGUAUCGCAACUAGACUAACAGACAAGAAAACCGACGCUGCUGUCGCUUUGUGC